GCAAGAUGGUGGACUUCGAUGAAAAAAGUGGAGUCAUCUGGAGUUCAACUGAAUGGGGAUGCUGGGGUCAAACUAUCGAGGAAGUUUUUAUAAAAGUUAACCUACCUGAAAAUACCACGUCUAAACAAGUCGUGUGCAAAACUACAGCGCGAUCGAUCAAAUGUGCAGUGGGAGGCCAAGUGGUUUUUGAGGGACAAACCUUUGCCGCUGUACUUUGUGACGAAACUAUAUGGACGAUAGAGGAUAAGAAACUGCUCAACAUUGUUUUGAUAAAAUCGCAACGAAAGGCGAGCGAGUGUUGGAAAUCUCUGCUGGUCGACCAAUAUACAGUUGACCCUUUCACUUUCUCGGAAAUGGAAAAGAAAUUGACUCUAGAAAGGUUCCACAGCGAGAACCCAGGAUUUGAUUUCAGUGGAGCAGAGAUCAGCGGGAAUUAUCAGCAAGGUGGACCGAAGUUACCAAAUCGCGACUAAAGCCAUAAACGGAAGUCGUAAAGCCGUACGAACCACAGACGGAAUUCAUCAGGGUUAAGGGGAGAAUUGGGGUUAUAAACACGGUCAGGGGCGGACUUGCAUUGCACAAGCUAAGGACCCAGCAAAUAUACAAGUGUCUUCAUAAUAGCUGUCAGCAAUAACAAUCGCUAUAUUGUAGAAUGUAUAUUUUCAUUAUUAAAAUAUUUG